CUCUUUUGUUUUGUCUAUUGAAUUCCCUUUGCCAAGAAAGACGCAUUACUGAACUUCACAGCGCUUUCCAACGGCACGCUUGAACGACAUCACCCGACUGGUACGCCCCUCCACUCUCCUCACGCAGCAGUAACAUUCAGAAACGAAAAUACACAACAUCAAAAAUACACGGAGAAGCAGGAUCGUACACAGUGUUCUUCGUCUUUUUCUUUGGUUGUCCUCUCCUGUAGUACCUUUCAGCAGCAAAAGGCACCUGCAAUUCCGUCCUUGUGGAUAUUGGAUUGAGCCACGUCUUACCCCAAGGACGAUAGGAUUGAUCGGAACCAUCUGCUUCCCUUUAAACUUUUGGAUUUUUGGUCGAUGCUUGGGGAAAAAUCGAGAAAGCAGCAGCUCUUUUUUGCCCGUUCUGGUGGAAUUUUGAAUUUUUGGGAAGAAUUGAAAUUCUAGUUUUACCCCUUUCCCGUUCAAACUUUACUCAAUUUCCCCCCCUCAACCCUAAUUUAUGAAUAUAAAUACUCUCUUUGGAUUUAAUGUAAGGAGUGAUUUGUAGGAGAGAAAAUCAUUGGCAGGAAAUUUUCUUUUUAGCAUCAAGAAUAGUUUAAGCAAGUGGUGAUAGUAAUAUAUAAAUUAUAUAUUCGAAGGGGGAAGAAAAGUUUCAGUUUUUCCGAGUUUCAUACUCCCUGUCGGCUCAACAGUGUUCCCCAAGAUGAUACGAGUUGCCGCUCAAGCCACAAAUUUUCUAUCCGUACUCGACUCUGUGGUGAAGUUGCUCACGAAAGCUUCAGUCUCAGAAUGCUGCCUUAAAAGAAGGAAACCUCAAAUCAGAUUUCAUAUUUUUGUGUAUUGGCAUGUUUUGACCAAUGAAUUGAUUAGAUGUUAGUAGACUGGGUUGUUUCGACUUCGUGCUGACUUCAGAUAAGUAGCAUACAUUUAAUUUUUUUCUUAUAUUUAUCAAGUUAUCUUUCAGUUCCUUCUCUCUUGUGUCAACUCGUCUUGUUUCGUUCAGUUGAUUGCUUGUUGGUGAUUAUGAAUAUGAACUGGGACUAUUUGUUCUCUCUUGUAUUUAGCUCGCGAUAUGACUUGAAUAUGUAUGUGGAUAUUGGUAGGCUUACCACUCUGUUCUUAUUUUGGACUUCCAUAGCAUUGUUGUCCUCGUCUUUUGGUUUUUUUUCUCGAUCGGAAGUGGAAAAGUUUUUUUUUUGUUGUGGAGCCGACUGUGGAGAGUGUCUUUAUCUGUGAAUUAUUUGUGAUAUGAUUUACAUAAAAUGAUCAUUAAAUGAUUUAGUUUCUGAUCAUCCGAAAGAAUACGAUAGUUUUUCUAUCUUGUAUCAUUUAUUCGUUUCAUCUUGCCUCUUAUAAAACUGGUAGUUUUCAUCCUAGUUCCUCUAAAGUUUUCACUUCAAAAUUUUCUUGCUUUGCUUAUGUGUUAUUAUUUUAGAAAUUUUUUUGACUCUUUGGCAGCUGUGAUUUAGUAAAAGAAUUUUGCAGCUUUGUUCUUGUUGUUGUUGUUUUCCUUGUGUUUGAUGCUUUCCCCUUAGGUCUCAAGUUCUUGUUCUUUCAUUGUUAGAAUGAUUCACUGUAACAGUAGUGAUUCAGCAGCGAAGCUCAAAGUCCUCUUCCAUAGUAAUCCCUCCCGAAGUUGAAGUCCCCUCCCCAAGUUGAAGUCAAUUUCAUCUAAAAUUGGUCAAACAAUGAACGAAUCAUCUACAUCUUUGUGGAUUACCAGAGGGUCUUUUGGAAAAUCAAAACAAGUUAUACAAGAACAAACCAUGGAAGAGCUGAGAUCAAAGAAAAAAAACGACCCUAUGGCAGUUCAACAAGUUAUAAAAAAUGCCAAAGCCAGAGGUGUUAAAAUUGUACAUGGAACAAGAAAGAGGAAACAUGUUAACAUUGAAUCAGAGGAUAAUGAUUCUGAAGUUGUCGGAUCUGAUGAAAUUCAUAAUCAUGAGGUAGUCAGAUAUAUUUGCAAGAACCGUGAAAAAAGGACAAUUCACAUGCAAUGUUAUACGCAAAUCAACACAUUGAAUGAGCAUCAGAAUAAACUGCCUCCAAAUCAAUAUAAUCGUAUAUGUGGAUCAUCGUGUUUUGCAAUGUUAACAGCAAUGAGACGAUGUCACAUGCAAGCACAAUUGUUUAGAUGCAUUAUGUUGAGGGAGUUGGAAGGUAGUUCUGUGAAUGCAAUACUUUUUUAUAUAAAUGGCACAACGCUUCGAUUCACAAUACGGGAAUUUGCCAUUAUUUCUGGUUUGAAUUGUUCUGAUAAUGCUGCUGACUUCUACUUUGAUACUGAUCAACCCAAUAGAAUCAUCGAUGAGUAUUUUUCAGGAAAUUCUCCUGUCACUAAAGCUCGUUUGGCUGAAGCUUUUAAAGCAAAGGUAUGGGGUGACAAUCAGGAAAAUGCAUACAAGUUUGGGAUUCUAUAUUAUAUACAUGAGUUUAUCAUGUCCGCAGAACCUACUACAACAACAAUAGAUAGGUUGGACUUUGAUCUGGUUGAAACAGGUAGAUUUAUGGAUUAUCCGUGGGGUUGGAAGGCUUCUAAUGAACUUGCUAAAUCCAUAAACAAUAAGAUAAAGCCAUGUGGACAGUACUACAGAAUUCAGGGUUUUCCACUUCCAAUGCAAGUUUGGUUCUAUGAAUGUUGCUCGUAUAUUGAUGACAAGAUUGCUGUCAAGGUUUCUAGUCACAUUCCUCGGAUUAUCAAUUGGGUGACUAAGAACGACCAUCUUCGGUUUGAUUAUUUCAUGAAAACAAUUUUUAAUGAUGCAGAUAAUCCGAUUAAGUUCAGAAAUAUUGAGCCAACAGCGAUGGAAAUUAAAAUCCUCAAACUUCCACCAUCGACAGAACAAUCAAUUUCUCAGGGCCUGCAGAAUGAUCACAAUAAAGUUACAGAUCCGGAUGAUGAUUUCCAAAACCCGCCCAGCAUAACAAGCAGAAAAGGAAAAGAAAAAGUUAUUGAAUGUUCUUCACCGAUUAGGAAAAAGAAAAAGCAAUCUGUUACAGUCAUCUCCAUCAACAAAUCCUCAACAAAGGCAAUUAAGACAUACACACGAAGAUCAAUGGCGCGCAAAGCCACACCUUCACAGUCCAUCAAUAUCAACAGUGUUGCGAAACACAGUGAUGCAGGUACGUCACACAACAAUGAACAUGUAGAGCAGAAAAGUGUACAAGAAAGAACACAAAUGGGGCAAAUUAAGAAGUCAACAAGCAUUACAAUUUCGCGUGAUGAAUUUAAAGCAUUCAAAAAAUCGGUCAAGGACGAGUUCGCUGAUUUGAGAAAAAUGCUUGAAGACAAAUUCAAAACAGUGUUGGAAGCCAUGAAUUCAAAGGUUAAUGUCGUCGAUGAUGAUCAACAAUCACCCAUCGGAGGUAUUCAUCACCAGCCCACAUACACUCCACAUGAACCUCAAAGUCAAUCUGCAAAUUUGACUGAACAAGAGAUGUCAUGCAAGAAACGCAUAUCACUCGUGUUCAUCAGUUAAAUACCAAGUCUUCACAGUUAGGUGCACAAAAAAACCCGAUAGGUCAUCCAAGUGCAUUAAAAGAUCGUGAGUUGGGAGAUAACUUGCAUGAACUAAAGCAGAAUUCACCACUGUUGGAUCAAGUUGUUUUGGGUGAUAAUUUGAAUGAUGUAAGUGGCACUGCCUCACAAGAUCAAUUAGUGUUGUAUGCUAAUGUGGAUGCCCAGCAAAAUGCCCAAAGGGAAACUGAAAGUAGCUCAAACAGUCGGGUAAUAUAUAACAUAUACAAUGCUGCAUCUCACGAGCGUAUUGUAGAAGCAGAGGAGUCUAUUAUAGUUGCAGCGCCUAUACAAAUGGUAUACAUGCCUGAUUCGAACCAGGAAACAGUUGUAACUUAAUCACAGGAUGAAUGCCAAACCAUCUUCUUCCAAGCGUGAACACAUUGCAAAACAUUGUAUUACAAAAACAAGUUGAAGCUGAAGUAACACCCACGCCAGCUGUUAGGCAUAGACGCCCAGGUCCAUUCAACAUAUCUCCGUACAUGACUUCGUUUGGGUCAGAUGCUGGUAGUCCGUCCCGACAACCAGUUGUGUUUUACAUGAAACAUCCUUUUGUUUCAUUGUCUGAUAAGGAAGAGUCUGAUUUGUUUUCAAAUUUUUGGAUAUGGCUGAAAGAAGACUUACUCGUCAAACAUUACAAAAAGAACUAUGCGGAGGAUCGCUACAAGAAAGGAAAGGCAACAUUAUCACAAUUGUUUAAUUUUUAUGUAGCGACAAUUGACAACAAGAAUUGGUUCUACAAUAUCGGGUUUGAGCGCCAGUUGAUUGAUAACUUGCACAUAGAUGUCUUAUUCUACUAUAUAAGGAAAAAGGCCAAAUACUCCAACAGUAGCACAUACAAAUUCACAAAUCUAUGUUGCAAUUUCAACUCUGUUCUUCUAAAUGCUUGGAAUGCAUAUUAUGGAAUAAAAGGUGACCUUUCUAAGGAAGUCUUAGACGAGAUGAUUAUUGAUUAUAUUAAUGGAUACAAGAUGCUAGCGUAUACAUCAUGGCACACAAUCGAUGAUGUAUUCAUCCCGGUUAACUUAGAAGGCAUGUUACAUUGGAUUCUGAUUGUCAUAUCUUUCAAUGAUCGAUGCAUCAAGGUGUAUGACUCAAUCAACAAUUCUCUUCAUCACUCGUUUGUUGUCAAUCACAUCAAGAAGUAUGCAUAGCUUAUACCAAUGUAUCUUGUAAAGUCUGAUUUCUAUCUGAAGAAAGGUCUAGAUAUUGCAAGCCACCAUCGAUAUCAAGGUCAUACCGUAUAUGAUUCAUUCAAAAUUGUAUACGUGGAAGACCUUCCCCAACAACCAGCUGCUAGUUUGGACUGUGGAGUGUAUGUUGCGUCAUACGCGGAGUUUUUGAGUGAGAGGAAAGACAUUCCAGCAGAUUUAGACCCAGAAGAAAUUCGCCUUAGAUACGGUGCACUGUUGUGUAAUUACGGCAAUCAAAAGAUACAAGCCGGAGCUGUCAAUGAUAGUGAAGCGCCUUUAAAACCCGUCAGGAAUCGCACAGAAAACAACAGUUCUGAAAGGAUUACAAUCCUUUAGUUUUAUACCUUAGUUGUAGCAUUGUUUUGGUUUUUAGUUGACAGUUUAAAUAUUAGUUGAAGAUUCUUAACAAUUUUACCAUAACUUUUGUUUUAAUUAACUCGUAAUAUCAUUGUCCUUGUUUUGAACUA